AUGCCCGGCACAUCACUGGCGGCGAAAAGACGGUCGGCACGCAACUCGUAUACUUUCCAAUUGGCCCUCAUUUCGCUCUUCGCCUUCUUCGCCGCCCUCACCUGGCACCUCUACGCGACGCAGCGGCUACCCACUAUGACGUCUCAAAACGGCGGCGGCAAGCCCGGCACCUUUGUCUACGUCCCUCCCGCUGGCGGCGAGUCGAACCAGCAGCAGACCCCCGGCCCGAUUGCGACCGACACGGCGUUGCACGUCGCCAUUGACACGGCGGCGGCGGCGCAGCAGGCCACGAUACCGCUGCGGCUAGUCUCGUACAACGUGCGCAACGCCAACCCCUUCCCCGUGACGGGCGAGCAGCCGUGGCGCGUGCGCGGACCCAAGCUGGCCACGCAGCUGCGCUUCCUGACCGAGGGCCACGAGAGUGCCUUCCUAUGCCUGCAGGAGUGCUUCCAGUCGCAGGUGCAGGACGUGCAGGCGCGGCUAGGCUCCGGGUGGGCGCACAUCGGGCGCGGACGAGACGCGCGCCCCUCGGACGGCGAGUUCUCACCCAUAUUCUACCGGUCCGACACGUGGGCUUGCACGCACAGCGAGACGCGGUGGCUGAGCGAGACGCCAGACCGGCCGUCCCGUGGGUGGGACGCGGCGCUGAACCGCAUCGUCACGAUUGGCGAGUUUACACACCGAGCGCGCGGGACGAAAGUGGUGGUCAUGAGCACGCACUUUGAUCACAUUGGCGUCAAGGCCCGCGAGAACAGCGCCCGCCUGCUGCUGUCUAUUGCGAAGGAGUGGAGCGGCGGCGGCGGCGGCGGUGAGGGGCUCGCGGCCGUGCUGGUCGGCGGCGACUUCAACAGCACUCCGGAUGACGGCGCGUACAAGGUCAUGGUGGCCGAGGGCUCGGGCAUGUCAGAUGUUGCAGAGCUGGUGCCGCCCGAGGAGCGCUACGGGAACGACCUGACGUACACGAGCUUUGGCGAGCCUGGCGAAUGGCCGCAGCGCAUUGACUUUUUAUUCAUUCAGGAGCCGCGGGCGGCCAAGAUCAAGACUUUUGGCGUCCUGGCCAACAGUUUCGACGACAAUGUGCGCAUCUCGGACCAUCGACCCGUGGUUGCGGACCUGGAUAUUCCCGUUUAG